AUGAAGAAUCUUUCUGUACUCAACAAUGAGAGCUUACCAGACCUCUAUGACGAUGAUCUCUUCCCUCCAUGUACUGAGACUGGAUGUCCCCUUUUCUCCAUCAGGAUUCUCAUCCCUGUAACAAUUGCCAGUCUGGUUAUAAUGGUUGCUGGACUCAUUGGGAAUGCCAUUACGAUCCUUAUAAUCAAAAAAUACAAAGAAAUGAAGACAACCACCAACUUUUACUUAUCCAGCAUGGCUGUGUCAGACAUGAUCAUCUUACUGUGCUUGCCCUUUGACUUGUACCGUAUUUGGAGGUCUAAGCCUUGGAUCUUUGGGGGUUUUCUUUGUAAAUUUUUUGCCCUGAUUAGUGAAGGUUGUACCUAUUCCACUAUUCUUCAUAUCACUGCUCUGAGCAUUGAGAGAUAUUUAGCCAUCUGCUUUCCCCUAAAAGCCAAAAUCUUUAUUACCAAGAGGAGGGUAAAGAUUGUGAUCAUGUUUUUGUGGGUUGUAGCCCUCCUAUCUGCUUUCCCGCUUUAUAACAUGUUGGAUAGUGUAGAAGUUGAUAAUGACACUGGACCCUCCAAGACCAGCUGGGAGUGUCGAUAUACAGAGUAUGCUAUGGAGUCUGGUCUCCUUACAAUCAUGAUGUGGGUGACCACAGUGUACUUCUUCUUCCCCAUGUUCUGCCUGACUAUUCUCUAUGGCUUUAUUGGGAAAACACUAUGGAAAAGCAGAAAUUCCAUUAGAGGACCUAAUGCUGUAAAUCGGGGAAGAAGUCACCGACAAACAGUCAAGAUUCUAGCGGUGGUCGUGCUGGCUUUUGUCAUCUGUUGGCUGCCUUUUCACAUUGGAAGACUCAUCUUUGCGUACACCACUAACAGUGAGGUGAUGAGGAUUUCCCAGUAUUUCAAUAUUGUCGCCAUGGAGCUCUUCUACUUGAACGCCUCUAUCAAUCCAAUCCUGUACAAUCUUAUCUCCAAGAAAUACAGGACUGCUGCCCAUAGACUCCUCCGACUGGCCAGGCCCGAUGAGCGGGCCUACAAUGUCAUCAAGGAUGAAACUGGAGGUCACACAGAAAUCACCACGUUUACCAACAAUUAG